GCGAAAUCGGUACAUUAACAUUGACUGACGUAGUUGGAAAUAUCGCUGGUGAGGUUAUAUAAGUUUCUAAUUUUAAUUUAUUCAGAUUGAGAAGGUUUUUGCGAGUCCACAAGAGAGUCAGUCAAGGCGAUUGGGGCUGUUUGAAAUGCAAUUAUCACACGCGCGGUUUCUCGCCCUUCGUCUGACCAUAGCACAGAAUGUUCCGGUUGCUCGACGAGAGACUGAUAAGUUAGUAUUUCCGACAGCAUUUCUCUUAGCUUCCCUCGGAGUCGGAGUUUCAACUUUCAGUUUGAAGCAACUAUUGGCCAGACCUAAACGCCGUUAAGAUGUAUGAAACUGCCUGAUUUUUUCCCUUUCUACGCUACAAAUGAUUGGACAUAGUUUUCAGAGCAUUUAAAUCAUGUGCAAAUAUCAGAUGAUACCUAUUUACACCUUUAAACGAUACUAUUUUAAAUUUAUUUUCACCAUAAACUUGCCAACAGGAGCAAGUUGAAUGUUUUUUUAUUUAAUUUUUUUACAUUCGUGUUGCCAACUUGUUGAGAAAAAAUUUUUUAAAAUUGAGAUUCGUAUAGGUGUGCAUCUUCCAUUAUCUCAAUUUUCAAAUUUAUUGUGCAAUUAUUUGCAUGCAUAGUUUGUAGUUAUAAUUAGGGCGAGUUUGUGAAUAUAAUUGUAGUAAAUGUGUAAAUUUGUGAUUUGUUACCCUUCAAGCGGAUAUUACUAGACGAAUGUUGCUGAUAAAAAUGAUUUAUUAAAUAGAUUAAAACAG